AUGACUCGGGCGGCCACUCCACCCAUCCUUCUCCAGCUGCAGAACCCGGACUCGCUAUCAUCUCAGGCGGCGGCGCUGCGCUCGUUGAAGAAUGAGACCAUUGGUCAUGAACAGCGGAAAGAGGCGUGGAUUCGGUGGGGCAUCUUGCCCAUCUUAGCGCAGGUCCUCUCCACGCGACAGUCCUCCCCCGGGAAGACCGCGGCGUCCGAGCGUAACGGAGCGGCCUCCCGUGAUCCCCCCUCGCCCACCACGGACGCCGACAAAGCAUGUCUACAGGCGAUUAUCAUUCUGGGUAGCUUAGCACAAGGAGGUGCCGCCUUCCUCGCUCCCAUAUUCGCCAGUGGCACGCUAUCCAUCCUUCUCACCUUCUUGUCGGCGCCCGAUUGCCCCCGCUUCUUCGUCCUCCCCAUCCUCCGCACCUUGAACAACGUCGCCGAUCGUCUCCCCCUGCAGAGUCAGCAGCAAGGCCGCAAAGAUACCCGGUUAGCCGACCUCCUCUUCUCCACCGACCAUGUCGGAGCCCUGUCCCGGAUCAUCGCCCAGGAUUAUGCCUCCCACCAUGACGUGGCCGCCAUCGACCUGGCGGCCGCCCUGGUGGGGAAGCUCUGCACGGAGGAGGCCCACAAGGCCAUUCUGGCUGAUUGCGGGGUGUUGGAUGCCCUCGCCGUGAAGCUGGCCUCCUUCAUCGUCGCCCAGGGCUUCGUGCUGCCCGGCGCCGAAGCCCAUGUGCAGGCCCCGGGGGCCCUGGGGCCCUGCCGCCCCCGCGCCGCCGUCCGCCCGCACUCCAAGUGGCGCGCCGAACAUUUCCUCUCGUCGCCGGGGAUCCGGACGGUGUUCCCCAAGCAGGUGCCCGAAUUUGCCCCCGCCGACGUCAAACGCGGGCCCUGGGGCUCGACCUACCUAUCCGGGUCCGCCGUGCCGCGGCAGACCGGCGCCAACCCGCUCGAGUACUUCCUGCCUCCCGUGCCCCUGUCCGCGGGGAAACCCUCCGUCAGCGUCGCCAAUUUCCCCCCGCUGGGCCCGCAGGCGAGCCAUCGCCGCCACAGCCACUCGUUCCCCUCGCCCUUUGCCCUCCUCGACCAUCCCGGCACCGCCGAUGACGAGGAGAACGCGGUCAUCCCCUGGCUCCUCUACGUGGUUCGCGCCGAGGGGGGCAUGGCCCGCCUGAUGGCCGCGCGCUUGGUCACCGUGCUGUUCCGGCUGAGCCUGACCCGGAAGCAUCGGGUCGCCAUGCUCUGCUACCUGGUGAUCCCCAUCCUGCUCCGCAUGCUCGACAAGGACUACGCGGUCCUGGGCGACGCGGAGGGCUGCCCGGACGGAGGGCUGAUCCCCCCGGUGGACCGCCUGCGCGAGGAGGCGCCCGCGGUGCUGGCCACCUUGGUGAUCGACGAUCAGGAACUGCAGAAGCACGCCGUCGAAGGCGGGGCGAUCAAGCGGCUGUCGCAGCUGCUGAAGGAGACCUACAACCCGCUACACGAGAACGCCCAGCCCAUGUGGUCCGCCGACGGCAGCGACGGCGGCGAUGACGACGAGACCGAAACCCACCCGCCCGACUGUCGCCUGGGAGCCCGGGGGUUCGCCCCGCGGCAUUGCCACGUGAUGCGAUACCGGGAGAACAUCCUCAAGGCCCUGGCGGCGCUGGUCCCCUUCAAGGACGAAUAUCGCAAGGCCGUGUGCGAGAAUGGUGUGGUGCCGUACAUCAUCGACUCGCUCAAGCCGUGUCCCCGCGAUCCGCCGGCGGAUACCGCCAACCCGAAGAACACCGCCGUCGACGGCAACCCGACGCCGACGCUCCUGGCCGCCUGUGGCGCGGCGCGCAUGCUCACCCGGUCUGUUAGUGUCUUACGCACGAGUCUGAUCGACGCGGGUGUGGCACCGCCGCUGUUCGUCCUCAUCCGACAUCCGGACAUCGAUGUGCAGAUCGCGGCCACGUCUGUGAUCUGUAAUCUGGCACUGGAUUUCAGCCCGAUGAAAGAAGCCAUCAUCUCGGCGGAAAUUCUUCCCGUCUUAUGCGAGCAUGCACACUCCACCAACACGAAACUCCGCAUCGAAUCCCUCUGGGCGUUGAAGCACGUAGCCUGCAACUCGACCAACGACGUGAAGAUCAAGAUCGUCGAGAGCCUGGGAUCCGGGUGGAUCAAACACAUCAUCACGCAGGACCCGACGGCAGCGCUGGCCCAGCGCGGGAUAGACGAGGAGGGGGACAACGGGGCGGGGACAGGGAUGAGCCGCGCCAACUCGGCGGGGGAGCAAGUGAAUCUGCUGAACCCGGUGGACCCGUCGCCAGAACGGGACGACGAUCUAAAAAUGGCGGACACGAUGCCGCCGUCGAAGAUGAGCCUCGAUAUGUUCCUGCCGGACGCGACGCGACGGCGCCGACUAGCGCUACACGGCGACCUCGACCAGUCGACGCAGGCGCGGCAGGAUGACAUCGCAGUGCAAGAGCAAACCUUCGACCUCAUCCGCAAUCUCAUCUGCGGGCCGGGAGCAUCGGAAAUGAUCGACCACCUAUUCCGAGAGAUCGGGCAGGAGGUGCUACUAGACGCGCUAACAGACAAGCUCCGGCCGCGAGCAAUCGCACUUCCACCCCGGCGGGACACAGCCGCACCGCCACAACGGGCACUACAGGUCCCCACAGAGAUCCUAGUAUCAGUGACAUACGUGAUCAUCCACCUCGCAGCAGGACUCCCCUGGCACCGCCAGCUCCUAGUCUCACACCGCGACCUACUACGCCACCUGGUAGGGUACUUCAACCACAACCACCGCGACGUGCGGAUCAACUGCGUGUGGGUGGUGAUCAACCUGACAUACGAGGACGAUGCGAGCGACCGGGACGGGUGUCGCGAGCGGGCAUCGACGCUGCGAUCGAUGGGCGUAAUGGACCGGUUGGCUAGCUUGGAGGAUGAUCCGGAUCUGGACGUGCGGGAACGGACUAAAACGGCACAGCAUUUGGUGAAAUCUAUGGUGUCAUAG